UGCGGGCGCCGCCGCCUUCCCGUACCGACGCGGCGGCGGACCCGGGGCCGGGACAGCCGGCGCGGCGCCCCGCGACAUGGUGAUAGGCUGUACACUGGGCUCCCGCAGCCGGGACCGAGCCGCGCCGCCCCCCUACCCGGCGGCGGGCGGGCGGCGCGGCGGGGCGGCAGUGCUGGCGUUGGCUGUGCUGGUGUUGGCGGUGCUGUCUGCCCUCUGCUACCGCAAUUCCUUGUGGGGCGAGUUCGUGCACGACGACGUCUGGGCCAUCGUGAACAACCCCGAUGUGCGGGCGGCAACCCCAGUGGCGGCCGCCUUCGCCAACGACUUCUGGGGCAAGCGGAUGGCCGAGAACACGAGCCACAAGUCCUACCGGCCCCUCUGCGUCCUCACCUUCAAGUUGAACGUAUUGCUGGCUGGUAUGAACCCCUUCUAUUUCCAUGCAGUGAAUGUAAUUUUACACUGCCUAGUGACUCUUGUGCUGAUGUACACUUGUGACAAAGCUGUCUUCAAGGACUGUCGACUUGCUUUUGUCACAGCACUCUUCUUUGCUGUGCAUCCCAUUCAUACUGAGGCUGUUACAGGUAUAGUAGGCAGAGCAGAUGUCCUAGCCUGUCUACUCUUUCUGUUGGCUUUUCUCUCCUAUAAUAGGAGUGUGGAUCAGCUUUAUGUUGGGGAACAUUUCCCUCCUACUGCCUCUCCCUUCUUUUUGCUGCUCAGUUUAUUUCUCGGGACAUGUGCAAUGCUGGUGAAAGAAACUGGAGUCACUGUGUUUGGUGUUUGCUUGGUUUAUGACUUCUUUUCCCUCUCCUGCAAUGGAAUCAAACCCUACCUGAGUGCAUAUAACAACCAGAAUUUCUUAUAUAUUGCAAGGCCUUUUAUGAAGAGAGCUGCUUUGGUGAUAAGCUACGUGAUUCUUGUGUUGUAUUUCCGCCUGUGGAUAAUGGGGGGAUCCAUGCCGAUGUUUUCAGAGCAGGACAACCCAGCCUCAUUCUCACCAUACUUCCUGACGAGGUUUCUAACUUAUUCCUAUCUUCUGGCCUUCAAUGUGUGGCUUCUGCUGGCACCGAUCACUCUGUGCUAUGACUGGCAGGUUGGCAGCAUCCCUUUGAUCGAGUCCAUCUGGGAUGUGAGGAACUUAGCCACAGUGUCCCUGGUGCUGGUGAUGACAUUACUCAGCCUACACUGCAUAGCUGCAUUCAAGAAACUGGAACACAAAGAAGUUUUGGUUGGCUUGUUGUUCCUGGUUUUCCCAUUCAUCCCAGCCAGCAACCUGUUCUUCAGGGUGGGAUUUGUGGUGGCAGAGCGAGUCCUUUACAUGCCGAGCAUGGGGUACUGCAUUCUUUUUGUCCAUGGUCUCAAAAAAUUGUCUACAUGGUUCAAUAAGUGGAGAAUUACUGUUCCGACCCUCUUUGCUUUACUGCUGCUGCUCUUUUCCUGGAAGACCGUGAGACAGAAUGAAAUCUGGCUGUCACGAGAGUCCCUUUUCAGCUCAGGAGUGAAGACUCUGCCCCACAAUGCCAAGGUGCACUACAACUACGCCAAUUUUCUGAAGGACCAGGGCCGUAAUGUUGAGGCAAUCUACCACUACAAAACUGCUCUCAAGCUGUACCCUCGUCAUGCAAGUGCCCUCAACAACCUGGGGACGUUGACCAAAGAUGUGGUGGAGGCAAAGGACUACUACAGACAGGCCCUGCAGUUAAACCCUCAGCACAACCGUGCACUCUUCAACCUCGGUAAUCUGCUCAAAUCUCAAGGGAAGAAGGAGGAAGCUAUCAUCUUACUGCGAGACUCCAUUAAGUAUGGCCCAGAGUUUGCAGAUGCUUACUCAAGCCUGGCCUCACUGCUGGCUGAACAGGAACAACUGAAGGAAGCAGAGGAGGUCUACAAGGCUGGCAUAGAGAACUGUCCAGAGAGCUCUGAUCUGCAUAACAACUAUGGUGUUUUCUUGGUUGAUAUUGGGGCUCCCGAGCGAGCCAUGUCUCACUACAAGCAGGCCAUCCGCCUGAGCCCUGCUCACCACGUGGCCAUGGUGAACCUGGGCAGGCUUUACCGCUCCCUGGGGCAGAACAAGGAGGCUGAAGCAUGGUAUAAGAGGGCGCUGAAGGUGUCGCGGAAGGCUGAGAUCCUGUCCGCGCUGGGGGCUCUGUAUUACAACACCGCGCGCUAUGAAGAGGCCUUGCAGGUUUACAGGGAGGCAGCAGCCCUGCAGCCUUCCAACAGAGAGAUCCGACUGGCUCUGGCACAGGUUUUAGCAGUUAUGGGGCAGACAAAGGAGGCUGAGAAGAUGACAAACCAUAUCCUCAGCGAGGACCUGGAGUGCCUGGAGUGCUACCGCCUCCUGGCAGCCAUCUACAGCAAGGAGGAGCACUAUGGCAAGAGCUCAGCCUUGAUUUUACACUCCCUCUCUGCAGAGACACAUCACAUGCCAUAA